AUGCAAUCUAUCAACGACGUCGUCGAGAGCGGCAAGGUCCUAUACCUCGCUUGGAUCGUCUCUCAGGCCAACGAGUACGCCCGUCAGCAUGGAUUCGCUCAAAUUGUCGUCUACCAGGGUCUUUGGAACGUCGGUACCCGAGAUCUGGAGCGAGACAUCAUUCCCAUGUGCCUUGCCAACGGUAUGGGUCUGGCGCCUUGGGGCACUCUUGGACAGGGCAAGUUCAAGUCUCCAGAAGAACUCCAGAAGCAGUCCAACUGGCGAUGUGGCGCACCUUCCUCUGACAGAGACAUCAAGGUAUCCAAAGCUCUACAAGAGGUCGCAGACGAGGUCGGAGGUGGCAUUAGAGCCGCGAACGCUGCGUUGGCUUGGGCUAGGCAGAGCUUUGCUGACUGUUUCCCCAUCAGUGGGGGCACCAACCCAGAGCAUCUCAAGUCCAACAUUGAGGCAAGUCUAUCUCUGUAG